AUGACUCUCGAUUAUAAUGAACAUCGAAGAGAAAUUGAGGCUGCCUAUAAGAGGGCAACCGAGUCAUCCUAUGGAUAUAAAUGGGUGAUUUUCGAUUAUGAGGGAAACUCGAACACGUUGAAAGUCGGCGAGCAAGGAACUGGCGGACUUUCUGAAUUUGCUGAAAGCUUCAGUUCUGGGCGACUUCAAUUUGGUGUGAUUGUUGUACGAUUAAGUAGUGAUGUUCUACCUAAAAUUGUUCUUGUUCAUUGGCAAGGAGAAGGCGUUCAAACUUUACGAUUGGCCUCAGCAAGGUCGCACGCCGAAGAAUUUUGGAGAUUCUUGAAAACUGUUCAUAUAGUUUUUCACGCUCGUAGUGAAAUUGAUAUUGAACCUGAUGCGAUUCGAAAAGAAGUCUCGAAAUUGCCGUCGACAAAUACGAAUGCAAAUGUGGAAUCUUCAUAUUCGAUUCCGGAAGUACAUGAAUCGUCCUCUAAACCAACAAAACCUCAUAGUGAGCAUAAUCCGAACGCUAAAGAUGAAAUUUGGAAUAAAAUGAAUGAGGAGGAAAAGCGUCGUGUUGCUGAGGAGAAGUCGGUUAAUGAAAUGAAACAGAAGCAAUUCGAAGAAGAUCGCAAACUGAUUGCCGAUGAUAUUCACGCUAAGCUGCAAAUUCAGGAGAAGGCGUCUAGUAACGGAGUGGACAAGACGUCGUCGAAUACCGUUCUAGUCUCAGUUUUACCAUCCAAUAGUCCAACUCCUGUGCGCAUGGACUUUUCCGCAUCCUUUCCACCUGCUCAGGUUGUCAAUAAUAUUGGCGCCUCGAUAUUGAUUGAGAGCAAGCAAUGGGAAACUGUAUCGGAAAAACCGGAGGAUUUCUCUGUUGUAUCUCGUAUUGUAACCAUGCCAGCAGCGCCUGCCAGAGAAGUGCCGAAACAUGUUUAUGUACCCGAGCAACGUCUUCCUAAUACUGCUCGGAUUCCACCACCGACAUCAACAUUCUCGCCACCGAAUCCUUCUCCAUCACCACCAGCUCCGCUCUCACGUGGUUCUCAACACGAUGUUGUACCUAAGUACACCCCAGAGCCCGAGCCAUUCAAAACGACGCGCUCUAGUAUUUCUGAGGCCCCGGCAUACAUCAGAACUGAAUACCAUAAACAACAAAUCGGUGGUGAGAUUCAUUCGAAAGCUGAAAAUUAUCAGCCUGAUUGUGUUACUUCUGUGUACAAGCCGGUCAAACCGCAUGUUGAAUUGAAUACGUCGGCUCGAGAAGAAUUCUGGAACAUUAACGAGGAAGAAAAUCGUUUUAGUCGUGUUUCUGAAGAGAAAUCUGGUAAUGAAAUGAAACAGAAGCAAUUCGAAGAAGAUCGCAAACGGAUUGCCGAUGAUAUUCACGCUAAGCUGCAAAUUCAGGAGAAGGCGUCUAGUAACGGAGUGGACAAGACGCCGUCGAAUACUGUUCCAGUCUCAGUUUUACCAUCCCAUAAUUCAACUCCGGUGUACACGGCUUAUGAAGUACCUCCGGUAGAUACAUCAACAUUCUCGUCACCGUAUCCUUCUUCAUCACCACCAGAUCCGCUCUCAUAUGGUUUUCAAUACGGUGUUGUGCCUAAGUACACCCCAGAGCCCGAGCCAGUCAAAAGGGCGCGUUCUAAUAUUUCAAGAGAUGAAUUCCGGAAUAAGAAGAAUGAAGAAGAAAAGAAGUAA